AACCACAUGAAACUGUCUCUAACGACGUUCCUCAUUAUCCUGCAUGUUUAUAAAUAUGAUAAACUCCACCCACGAAACAACUUCCUUGCUCCUUGGCCUUGCGUGUUUCAGCCGAGUUCCCAAAUUGAACAAACCAGAAAAUCAACUUUUUGCUACGAAUAAUAAAUAACUCAUAACCGAGCAGGGGAAGGAAGUAGAAAAGGAAUGCCAAAUUGAGCUACUUGUUGCCAUGAAGGAGGGAAAGUUUUUUUCCGAUUAGUCGGAAUCAGUGCUACUAACCUAGUGCAACUCGGGACGUCGUACGCUUUCGUUCGGAAUUGUCCUAGGCACUGGGCCAUAAACUUCAAAACGUUCACGUUCGAUUUACUCUCAAUGAAUUCAAGAUUUAAAUCCGACGAGUGGGAGGUGGAACGCAAUGGACUGAGCAGACUCCUAGCCACAUCCCUCAAGGAACCGAUUCUGGGCAAGCACUUCGCAUUGCCCGGACGCACUGCAGAGGGUCAACACAUUGAACUCGACACCAGCCAGAGCUACAUUGCCGUAUACACUCACCUUAAAGUGCACGCCACCAAAAUGCUAGAGAGAUUGCCUACGCCGGAAGCGAUUGUGCGGCUCCAGGCGGAGAUCCAAGCGAACUCAGAGGGAAAGCCCAAGACCCGAGCUGCUAAGCCACGCUGUGACCUUUCACAACUAUGAUUGUUCUUUUUUAAUAUAAAGAUAUUAAGCGGCAGGCCCAUAAAUUUACACGACCCAAGGAUAUUUAAACUCGUGUUAUAAAAUAAAAUAUUAAUCAUAAUAUAAACCUAUCUGUAAACCUUUCAAAAAAACCAUUACAAAUAAAAACACUAUCAUAAAAACUUA